AUGAGCGACGAUAGACGUCGAUAUAGCGCUGUUGAACUCGGCGAGACCGGCGGUAUCGGUUUCCUUUUUCUUUCCCUUGGCCACAAGAAGGCAGCCUUGAGCUUUGAUCGCGUCGGAAGGGCCGUCACUACGCAGCUACUUUCGAAAAAUGGCACCAAAGCCGAGCCCGUCAAGCCUCCCGCCAUGGAUGUUGUCAAAAUUAGCGGGACGGAUAUUGACAGAGGCGGGGUAGAGGCGUUCGUGCUCAUCGACCUUGAGGUGUGGAAGCGCCACGACGUAGACAAUUUUCCCGUUUUGAAGCGCGACAAGUUGAUACGAGACAUCGUACGAAACGUAUGGAAGUCUUUCACCGCGUCAUCCCACCAGAUCUCUACGUUCGAAACCUGUAUGGUUUUCCCGGACACCAUUUCUACAUAUUACCGGAACGUCACGACGAAAAGGGCUGAUGACUGGAAACCGCCAGUCGACGUUGUCCUCCAGGGUAGCGAUGGGUUUUUUUCUUCAUGGUCGCGUAAAUGUCUGCCUCGUAAAAGGCCGAUUAUCGUCGCCCACGUCAAGGAUACCGAAUGGUCUUGCCAAAAGGAUAUCGACAAUAUCCUGUUGGAUUGCAACGUCCUCGCUUUGCAUGAGUUGGUGUACCCAAUGGUUGACCACGUCGACUUGAUCGAAUCCAUGUACGGACGCGAUCCCGAAGGGACGAUCAAAACCAAGAAGGAGCCGGAGCCCGCGGAGGCCCCUGAGAAGAGUCUUUGA